AUGGAACAGGAUUAUAAAUACCUUGGUUGGAAGAAUUUCAGUGUUGAGUAUUUGGAGAAUAAUUGUGACAAAGUCAGAAAACUGGCUUGUGAGAAAGCUUUACAUUAUUCUAUCAAAUCUAGUAGCAUUCUACAAGAUGCUUAUGAAGAAUUUUCUAAGAUUCCUGACAACAAGCAGAGAACGCAAUAUUUAUCAAUGGUAGAGGCUAUGGAAUCAAUGAUUGACAUAAACUACUAUAAUCUCAUUUUAGAAAAGCUUAUUACUGACGCUAACACAUUUUAUAUGUUUCAGGUUUCUCUUAAAUUUAAUGAUCCACUCAGCUUCGGUUGCAUUGUUGAUCGAAAUUUGGAUAUAAUUUUUAGAAAGUUGUCAGAAGAGCGAAAGAAGAAUUUGAGAGAAAUUAUAAAUUUGGCAUAUGAUCAAUACGAAACAAGCCAUGCUAUUUCUGAAUUGAUUAAAAUCCUUUUAGAAAAAUUAAAGAGCUUGAAUAAAAGGGAAAUGAUAGUUUCUCUCCCACCUAUAUCAGCGGAUUUCCAAGGAAAUAAUAAGGAAUUUGAAGACAUAUGCGUGAUGCAUAGGAUUAUAGACUCUAUGACCAAAGAAGUCUCAGAGACAUCUCAACAUUGGAUGGAUGAUUCUGGAGAAAUUAGAAUUGGUCACAAAUCCAAUUUUCAUGUGAAGUCCCUACUGAUUGCUGGUGAAGUGAAAAUUGGUCUCAUGGAGGCCUCACGUAUUCUUCCAACUGAUAAAAAGAUUCAUGAUGAUUGGGAUAAGUUGAUCAAGCUUAUGAAAGAUGCUCAUGUACGAUUACUGAGGAAGCUCACUAGAGGGAGGGUUGGAGACGUGAAGGAAAUAGAAGAAGAUCUUAACAAGGUGCCAGUUUUUGGUAUCCAAGUUGCUGAAACUAUGGCAUGUUGGGUUAUGACUAUGCCAUUUGGAGCCUUUUACUUUAUUCAACAUCUUGGUUCAGUGCAAAUUUCUAUGAAUCGAGGCCAAUCUUCACUCGCUGGAUUUAUGAAUGAAUUAUGGAAGUUAAGGGCAUCUCUACGAAACCACAUUCGCAUCCUUAAUAAGAUUGUGGAAAAAGUUGAUGUGUCUUUAUAUAAUAUAGCUUUUUGUUCACCACAAGCUCGGGAAGAUGUGCCUCUUUACGAUGGAGAACAGUGUUCUUCUACCAUUAAAUUUCCACCCAAUAACAGGCAAUCGCUAAGAACUUCACUGACAAUAGCAAUUGCAAAGUCUGCUAAACGAAAUCGGCGAAAGAAGUUAACUCGAUACGCCUAUAAGGUUCUGGCGAAUCAGGGAAAAGAAGCGACUAUUAUCCCCAGUAACGAUAAAGACAUCCAAAAUAAUGAAGCACCUACUGUUAAUCCUAAUAUUCAUGAUAAUACAGAUAAUCAGAAAAAACAUGAAAAAGCAGAGAUAUUCUACAAUCCAGAAAAGCCUUCCACAGUAGUCAGUCCGAAGUCUACAUUCAUCGAAAAAUUCUUAGAAAAAAGGCGCGAAAGGCGAAUUGCAAAUCAAAUUCCUAUUGAUGACAUCUCUUCGAUACCAGAAAAAUAUAUGAAGUUAUUGGAGGUAGAGAUAUUUCGCGAACCCAAUGUCUUAGAAUCAAUACCUCAAGAUUUAUGGAAUGAGUUUGGACAAUGGGCAUACAUGCGUACGAUCAACAUACGAAGAAUCAGAAGCUCUUAG